AUGGUGACGGGACAUCCUGAUAACAAUGGUAGAGAUGGCACCCAAGAACCUGUUGGUUCAUCUGGUGUUGAAGAACCUAAUGGACUUGUUGGUGACAGAAGAACUGCUGGUAAAAAUGGCGAGGAUGAUACUCAAGGAUCUGAAUCUAAAGGAGGUGGUGAAAAUUGUGAUAGAAGUAGUGGAGCUGAAAUUAAAGAAGACUUGAAAAACCCGAUGAAGAACUAA